AAGGAGAAAAAAAAAAAAAGAAAUAUUCGGGGGAGGAAGAAGCAGUUAUAAAUGGACAGGAAGGUGCACAAUGCGGAGUGGUGAGAGGUAAGGUGGGGAAUCAAGUUAAAGUGCGAACGAAGAAGGAGUCUAGAGGAAGGGCUGGGAGAGUGGCCAAGGAGGGGGGGGAGGUCACGACGGAUAGGAAGGCGGAAAAAGUGGAGACCACAACUAUUGGCGAACCGACGAGGGAGCCUUCCAGGAAGGAUAACUUUCACCUGUACUGUCAAAAUCAUAGUAAAAUUUUCGGAGACGAAGAUUAUGGGAAUUUGUUCAAAUAUGAAACUGGAGGAAUGAUGAGCACCACGCGGGAGGUUCCUUCGGGCCACGUUCGCAGUGGUGACACCGGCAAUGAUCGAAUACAGACACUUGACAGUACCACCCAGGUGAAACAAAAAAAUGAAGAGAGCUGGAACAACCAACUGAACGAAAUAUCGAACAUAAUUUACGACACAAAUGAGGAUGAUAAUCCCGUGGAUGAAAACAAACAGGUGGGAAUAACGAACAAUGGAGAAAAAAUAGUAUAUCCGUCAAUAUAUAAAGAUAAUAAGAAGGAAUGGUUUCAAGCGAACAAGCAGGACGAGUGGCUUGUUCAUAAAUUAUGUGAUUGGCUUUACCAUGUUAAGGAUAAGCUGUACUUUAACAUAAAAACGCAGGGAAUUUAUUAUGUCAAGGAUGGGUCUUUUCUCAAGUUAGAGAGCUCAUUUGACGAAAGGGGAGACGUCAGUGUGAGUCGGAGUGACAGUCGGGGUGACAGUCGGGGUGGCAGUCGGGGUGGCAGUCGGGGUGGCAGUCGGGGUGGCAGUCCAAGUGGCAUCCGUAGUGGCAUCCGUAGUGGCACCCGCAGUGGGAACGGACACAAAAAUGGCUUCUCGUUUGAGUUCGAUUCUGAUGAUCCAUUGUUGAAUAAAAAAGGGGAGGCGAGUAACGCAGAUGAGAGAAAUUUGCUUGCAAACAUGAGCGACAUGGUGAGUGAUCACAGCGUGCGUGCGAACCCGUGUGUGCUUAUUGAGGACAGUGGCAGCAUGAGGAGCAACUCCAGUCGGAUCAUCAGUCGAAGUAGUAGCGGGGGUCACGGUGCGGAGGCCGACUCGGGCAGCAGCAUUUUGAGGGGUGACAAGACUGAGCAGAGGAAUGGAGGCCCAACGGGCGGCAGUCCCUCGAGUGGCAGCGCGGCGCGGGAAGAUCGCUCUGCUGAUGGGCGCUCUUCCGAUGGGCGUUCUUCCGAUGACCGCUCAGCUGAUGACCGCUCUGCUGAUGGGCGCUCUUCCGAUGGCCGCUCUUCCGAUGGCCGCUCUGCCGAUGACCGCUCUGAUGAUGACCGCUCUGCUGAUGGCCGCUCUGCUGAUGGCCGCUCUGCUGAUAGGCGCCGCCUCAGACGGGAGAACGCCGAGGUGAACGACGAAACUGUGGAAGAGUUCAGUAUGGUGCUGGAGGACGACUUGGUGUGCGGCACGUACAGCCAAAUGGGGGAUCACAACAGAUGCGAAAAUGAAGAUUUUUACGUGACAAAGGAGAUUCUAGACCUGAAUAACGUAUCGGAGAGUGACGGGUUGUGUUUCUUUAGUGGAGUAUUCGACGGACACGGUGGGUCCAACUGUGCAAGGUACGUAAUGACCCACUUAAAGACAAAUUUGAUAGCAAAAUUCAGGCAGUCUUUUUUAAUCACAUGUAAGAAGCAAUGCAAAGACAAGGGAUCCAAACUAAAUGACCUGAGUGUUGAGAUAAGGGCAUUGUAUGAUAGCUGCAUUAAGGGGUUCGACAUGACGGACAAGAAUUACAUAGAAUUGUCGAAGAAGUAUAACUAUAAAGAUGGCUCUACAGCAUGUGUCGUUUUGAUUUACGGACCCGAUGACGAUGGGUCUCUUAAAGUGUUGUGUGCAAACUGUGGAGAUUCAGGUGCACUCAUAUGUCAUGAUAGAGAACCAGUGAAGCUAUCACUAAGACAUAAACCGGAUUUGCAAGAAGAACGAGUGAGGAUAUUGAAGUGUGGAGGAAUCAUAGCGAACAUUAAUGGAAUCAACAGAAUCAUUACGAAACAUAAGGUGAAAGGACAUACAGGUCGAGAAAACACCUUUUUGGCUUUAUCCACAUCUAGAUCCUUUGGAGACAUAUCAUACAAGGUCCCUAAAAAAAUUGUUUUAUGCAAACCUUUUAUUAGUGUUUACACUAUCGACUUUGAUAUGGAUUCUUUUUUGGUCCUGGCCACUGAUGGGAUUUUGAAUGUUUUGACGGAUAAGGAAAUCAUCGAUAUCGUUUGGAGGAACAUCCAUAGGAAGCCGGAGGAGGCUGCGGAGGAGGUGGUCCAUGAGGCCUCCAGGCGUGGCUCCACGGACGACAAGACUUGCACCGUCAUUUUCUUUUACUGGAGGAAGGACAUCUUUAGCGGCGAGUCCGAGGACGCUUCCGUGGACGCGCCUCCGCUCGAGGAGGCCCCUGGCGAGGAUAUCAACAUGUUUUCCGAACUACACGUUGUAGUGUCUAACUUGGCGGCAGUGAGUUUGGGUCCCUCCCCAAGGGAUGCCUCUCUUCUGUGUGUGCUGCUGAUCUUCGUCGUUUCCCUGGCCAAUCACUUGUCCAAAGGCCCCGACGGUUUGGACAGCUCCGACGGUUUGGACAGCUCCGACGGCUUCGAUAACUCCGACGGCUUCGAUAACUCCGACACCUUCUGCAGCUCCUUCAGCUGCUGCAGCUGCGUGAGCAUAUAA